AUGGCUGUAGGAGAUAGAUUAUGGGGCCAAGAAGUCGAUCUCGCAGCCGAAGAAUUGAUGUCUCGACCGAAGAAUCGAUGUCUCGACCGUGAGAAAGCCAAAAGUCAGAAAAUCGAUUUAAGUUCGGUCCAGGAGUUGGUGCAUGCUACAGGCUUUAAGGCAUUUGAUUUGGGCCUCAACCUUCCAAAGAUUGAUUGGUCGCUGAUGACCUCGCUGGUUAAGAGAUGGUGGGAUACCACUAACACAUUCCACUUCCCCUCUGCCGGUGAAGUGACGAUCACACCAGGCGACUUCUCUUUGCUCACCAGUCUUCGAGUAGGUGGAGCUCCUCUUCGGAUUGACCCUCAACUUUGGCGGCGAGAAGGAGCAUUGGAGUGGUUUUUGGGAAAGAUGCCUCCUCUUCACUCACGCGGUCGUCUUGACGUCUCUUGGCUAAGCAAGACCUUCAUGAAGGCUGAUAUUUUGACUCAGGUGAGCGUUGAGCAGCUGACACGGGCCUUCCUCCUCUACCUCCUUGGGCAAACAUUGUUUGCCAACAAGGAUAGUUCGGUGCAUACACAAUUUCUAGCCCCUUUGCGGUACUUGGGGGCCGUUUGGGAGUUUGAUUGGGGAUCAUCUGUUUUGGCCUCUUUGUAUGGCAACCUUGGAGCUUGUUCGCGGGACAAGAGUUUCAUCUGUGCCGGUCACUACCGAGUGCUUGAUCAGCUUUGGGCUUUCGAGCAUCUUCUCCAGUUUUCGAUUAACACCAGGCAUGAGGAUGCAAACUGUGUUCCCCGCUAUGAGCGAUGGUGGGCGGGGCAACAGAAGCCGCGGUCACCUAUUUUGAGCUUUCCUGAGUGGCGACGGGUUUUGGACCGGUUGACGGUCAACCAGGUACAGUUUGACCCUUGGGGUGGCAUUUCAGAGGACGUCCCUCUUGCACGCUCUAGAGUUCUGGACCGUACUUGCAGCUUGCUUGAGGGCCCUUUUUGUCGAGCUUGGUAUCUGGUUGAUCAGGUGGCUAGUCAGUGGCGCCCAUGCGCUAAGGCUUUUUAG